CCGCCACGCCCGGCACUGGGAGCGAUACUGGGAACACUGGGAACGAUGGUUUUGGGUGUUUGGAAAGAAUGAAGAAAUGUGAAAAGAAGAUCCAGGCCAUGAGGAGCCAGGAGGAUGUGGAGCCCUCAGCCAGGUGUCUUCCCACCAGGGAUCACCAGCACCACAGAUCACCGGGGCUCUGCCCACCGGGGUCACUGGGGAUCAUCCAGCGCGGAUCCUCCCGUGGGGAUGGAGCUGGAGCAGCGCACGGAGCUCUUCCCACACUGGGGGCACUGGCAGGGCUUCCCUCAGUGCUGGCUGCGUUGGUGUUGGGUCAAGGCUGACCUCUGGGAGAAGCUCUUCCCACACCUGGUGCACUUGUAGGGGCUGUGACAUCCCAGGAACAGGGCUGGGAUGGGCUCUGGUGCCUGGGACAUCCCCAGCAGCAGGGCUGGGAUGGGCUCUGGUGCCUGGGACAUCCCCAGCAGCAGCAGGGCUGGCUGUGAUGCUCUCCAGUGCCUGGGCCAUGCCCAGGGGUGCUGCUGGCUGGGGUUGGGUUGGUGCCUGUGCAGUGCCCCGGGCAGGGUCACAGCGGGGCAGCUCUCAGUGUCCCCAGCAGGCCACGCUGUCCAGGGUAGCCAUGCCAGCACUCACUGCGCACUCGGGGCAGGCUGGGCUGGACGGGGCUCGGGGCACAAACGCCGCCCCCGGGGCUGGGCUCUGCCCCUGCCUCUGGGGCCCAGCCCCUGCUGGCAGCGCCUUGGGCAGGGCACGGGGCUGCUGCUGGCCCAGGGGGACAGGCCUUGCCCCCUGCCAGCUGCCCAGGCCCCUCGGGUGCCUGUGCCACAGCCCUGUGCCUCCUGUCCCCGCUACUCCCUGCCACCUCCACUCCCUCCAUCAAAGCCCCACUCAACCUCUGCACUGUGACCUCUGGAAAGAACAAAAGAACAGGAAAGAAAGAAUGAGAGAGGGAAAGGAGAAAGGAAAGGAAAGGAGAAAGGAAAGGAAAGGAGAAAGGAAAGAGGAAAGGAAAGGAGAAAGGAAAGGAGAAAGGAAAGGAGAAAGGAAAGGAAAGGAGAAAGGAAAGGAAAGGAGAAAGGAAAGAGGAAAGGAAAGGAGAAAGGAAAGGAGAAAGGAAAGGAAAGGAGAAAGGAAAGGAAAGAGGAAAGGAAAGGAGAAAGGAAAGGAAAGGAGAAAGGAAAGGAGAAAGGAAAGGAGAAAGGAAAGGAAAGGAGAAAGGAAAGGAGAAAGGAAAGGAGAAAGGAAAGGAAAGGAGAAAGGAAAGGAGAAAGGAAAGGAGAAAGGAAAGGAAAGGAGAAAGGAAAGGAGAAAGGAAAGGAGAAAGGAAAGGAAAGGAGAAAGGAAAGGAGAAAGGAAAGGAGAAAGGAAAGGAAAGGAGAAAGGAAAGGAAAGGAAAGGAAAGGAAAGGAAAGGAAAGGAAAGGAAAGGAAAGGAAAGGAAAGAAAAAGGGUAAAAAGAAAAGAGAAACAUGUAGCCAUUUGGCCCUGCCUGGAUGCCAGGCACCCACCAAAGCUGCUCUCUCACUCCCCUCCAGAGAUGGACAGGAGAAAAAACAGAAUGAAGGCUUCAUGGCUUGAGUUAAGAACUGGGACAGAUCAUUCAGCAAAUGCCAUCAUAGGCAAAACAUUUUUGAAAUUACAGGUAUUAAUUGAAUUUAUUUCUAUCCAGAUCAGGGCAGGAUAGUGAGAAGUAAAAUAAAGCUUAACAAACACCUUCUGCCUGUUCCUCCCUCCUUCCCAGCUCUGCUCCUCCCCCAGUGGUGCAGGCAGACAGGCACUGGGGGCUCUGCUCCGUUCAUCACCCGUUGUUUCUCUGCUGCUCGGGGAGAGGAGUCAUUCCCCUGCUGUGCCAGGGGUCCCUCCUGAGACACUUCUCCAUGAACUUCUGCAGGGUGAGUUCAUCUCACGGACAGCAGCUCUUCACAAACUGCUGCAGUUGCCGCACUCUCCCAUGGGCUCACAAGUCCUGCCAGGACCCUGCUCCAGCGUGGGCUCCUCUCUCCACGGCUUUGCAGGUCCCUGCCAGGUCCCUGCUCCAGCACAGGUUUCUCAUGGGGUCCCAGCCCCUGCUCAGGCACCCCCUGCUCCAGCACGGGCUCCUCCAGGCGCUGCAGGUGCAUCUCUGCUCUCCGGGCCCUCCAUGGGCUGCAGGGGCCCAGCUGCCUCCCCAGGGGCUGCCCAGGGAAUCUCAGGGCAAUCAGCUCCAGCCCCUGGAGCAGCUCCUGCCCCUCCUCCUGCCCUGCCCUGGGGUGUGCAGAGUUGCUCCUCUCACGUGUUCUCACCCUGCUCUUCCCUGCUCACAGUUACACCUACACCAUCACCCAUUUUCCUAAAUCUCUUGCCCCAAAGGUGUUACCGCCAUUUCCAAUUGGCCCAGCCUUGGCCAGCGGCUGGUGCAUCCUGGAGCUGGCUGGAAUUGACUCUGUGGGACACAGAGGAGCAGCUGCUUCCAGCAGCCUCUCACAGAAGGUGCUCCUCGAGCUCCCCUUACCAAAACCUGGCCAUGCAAACCAAGUAUAAGCAUGGUAGGGUUUUUAUUACCAUUAUUAAUUCUUCUUUUUGCUAUUGUCACUAUUAUUGCUAUUAACAUUAUUAUUUUUAUGACUACUAAUAUUUUUAGUAUUUUUGACUCUAUAAGUAGUGGCUAUAGUAGAACUCAAAAGAAAAGUUCUUAAUUGCAAGUAGAAGUUAUAAUUUUGUCAGCCUCUUGCCCUGCCCUGUUCUUUGUCAUUGCUGUGUGUGAAGCUGCUGCUGCCAGGGCUCCCUGUUUCCCUGGUUUGGGAAAUUCCAUGGCAUUGCUCACCUGUCAGAAAGAGAAUGGCUCAUUCCAGUCAAAUGCAUUGCCUGAGCUCUUCUAGUCCCCGUGCUGGAAGCUUGUUUUCUAAGGUUGUUGACUUUCUCAGCUUCUGUUAACGUUUGUGAUUUUAUAACAGAAUGUUCUGGGAUGUGAUUUUGCAAGAUUCUCUAAUCAGAUUUCAGCUUUGCUCUUGGAUUCCUUGAUGGUGUGUGAGAGCUGAAGGCAGCAGUUUGUGUGGGAAGCCUUCAGCGGGAGCUGGGAUUGCCUCAGCAGCAGCUGGCUGUGCCCGUGUGAGCAGAGACACCAGAGAUGCCAUGAACGGAAUGUUGUGCCCGGCGGGAGCCCGCAGUGCCCGGCUGGAGGGAGCUGUGCUGGGAGCUGCAGGUUGUGCCGGGGCCGGGCAGUGGCCGGAGCGAUGGACACUGACCCUGGGCCGGGCAGGGGCUCGGGGCCCUGCGGCGCUGGGCGCUCGGUGCCCGCUCAGAGCGGGGCUGUGCGGGAGCCGGAGCAGCGAGAGAGCCCGGGCCGAGCAUCAGCCCCGGGGCGGGCACGGCUGGGAGGGGGCCCAGCCCGGGGUCCCGCAGAGCCCCCCUGCUCCAGAGCCGCAGCUGCGGCAGCACCGGGGCAGCACCGGCAGCUUUGGGGCACGGAGGAGCCGCGGGCGGGCGUUCCAAGGGCUCCUUCAGGGCAGGAUUUUGUCCCGAUGCGGGGCAAUUCCCGGGGCUGGGCGGGCUGGGGCCGCUGCCGAGCGCCGCCGCCUUUGCCCGGAGCACCCGGGCAGAACUCUCUGCUCGGGGCUCUGAGAAACACGUUCAGUCUCCUGUGAAAAUUCAAAGAGUUUAAUAAAGGACAAGAGGAGACAAGG